AUGUCCCUGAAUUCAGAAUUAACCGUGGAUGUAGGACCCAAGACUACCAAUCAAGUCCCUGCAUGCUGCUCAGCUCGCUACAAUCUAGCACUACUGGCCUUUUUUGGGUUCUUCCUCCUCUACGCACUACGGGUGAACCUAAGUGUUGCUCUGGUGGACAUGGUAGAACCUAACACAAGCUUAGUGAAGAAUUCAACUUCCAGUGUGUGUCCAGAGCAUUCCUCCACCAUAAAUGUUCCUCGCAACACAACGGGGCAAAAGUAUUCUUGGGACGCAGAUACUCAGGGAUGGAUCCUUGGUUCGUUUUUCUAUGGCUAUAUCAUUACUCAGAUUCCAGGAGGAUAUCUUGCAAGCAGAAUUGGAGGGAAGCUGUUGCUGGGAUUUGGCAUCUUUGGUACCUCUAUAUUCACUUUGCUCACUCCCUUAGCUGCAAAUUUGGGAGUUGGCUACCUCAUAACUGUCAGAGCUUUGGAAGGACUGGGAGAGGGUGUUACAUUCCCAGCUAUGCAUUCAAUGUGGUCUUCUUGGGCUCCUCCACUGGAACGCAGCAAGCUCCUUAGUAUUUCAUAUGCAGGUGCACAGCUGGGAACUGUUAUUUCUCUGCCACUCUCUGGUUUAAUUUGCUACUAUAUGAACUGGGUUUAUGUGUUUUAUAUAUUUGGUGCACUUGGUGUGUUAUGGUUCUUCUUCUGGAUGUGGUUGGUUAGUGAUACACCAGAAAGUCAUAGGAGCAUUUCACAUGCUGAAAGGGAAUAUAUACUCUGUUCUCUAAAAGAUCAGCUUUCUACACAGAAAUCUGUCCCCUGGAGGCCUAUGCUGGAGUCCGUUCCACUCUGGGCUAUUGUUGUGGCACACUUCUCUUAUAACUGGACCUUCUAUACACUUCUCACACUCUUGCCCACGUACAUGAAGGAGAUCUUGAGGUUUGAUGCACAGGAGAAUGGGUUUUUAUCUGCCCUACCUUAUUUUGGCUGCUGGUUAUGUAUCAUUCUGUCUGGGCAAAUGGCUGAUUAUUUACGGGAAAAACAGAACAUGUCCACUGUUUGUGUUCGCAAGUGUUUCACCCUAAUAGGAAUGAUUGGGCCUGCAGUGUUCUUAGUAGCAGCUGGAUUCAUAGGCUGUAACUACACUCUGGCUGUUGCGUUCGUGACCAUAUCAACAACGUUAGGAGGGUUUUGUACAUCUGGCUACAGCAUCAACCAUCUGGACAUAGCACCUUCGUAUGCUGGAAUUCUCCUUGGGAUCACUAAUUCUUUUGCUACUAUCCCAGGAAUGGUGGGUCCAGUUAUUGCCAAGAAUCUUACUCAUAAUAAUACUGUGGGAGAAUGGCAGACUGUUUUCUACAUUGCUGCUUCUAUCAAUGUAUUUGGAGCAAUUUUCUUUGCAUUAUUUGGAAGUGGAGAAGUUCAGGACUGGGCAGUCAGUGCAUACCACUUGCAUGGAAACUGAAGGAGAAAUUGAAAUACCAAAGCUGUGCUGAAUCCAAAUGUGACCAGAAAAGUGCCUUCCCUGCUGAUGCCUAACAGCCUUCAGAACUUUUUAGUUAAACUAUUUUAUCUGUAUAUCUUUUGUACUGAAAAUUAUUUGACAGCAUAUGUUUGCUAUUUCCUAACAAGAAACUACUUGGAUUAAAUAUAAUCGUUUCAUGCU